GCAAAAGCUGAGUGAUAAUUCUCUGAGAUUCAGACAACAUAUUUCUGAACUACUUUUCUUGGCUUUUUGUUUGUUUGUUUGUUUUUUAAUCUUUUCUAGUCCCUUGUGUGAAGAACACCAUGGCAGCAGAAGUUGUGGGUGGAGCUUUUCUCUCUGCUUCUCUUCAGGUUUUGCUUGAUAGGUUGGCUUCUCAGGAGGUCGUUGACUUCAUUCGGGGGAAAAAACUCGACGAGGGGAUGCUCAAGAAGCUGAAAAUUAAGCUUUUAUCCGCUAAUGCAGUGCUGAAUGAUACCGAGGAGAUGCAAAUGAAAAAUCAAUCUGUGAAAGAGUGGCUUGAUGAGCUCAAGGAGGCAAUUUUUGAUGCAGAAGACUUGAUGGCUGAGAUUAACGCCGAAGCUUUGCGGUGCAAGCUAGAAGGUGAAGGCGGCACAAGUCAGGUACUGAAACUCCCCACAACUUCAUUCGUUGCAUUUGGCAAAGCAAUAGAAUCUAAGAUGGCGGAUAUCCUUGAUAGAUUAGAAUAUGUUUUGGCACAAAAAUCUCUUCUGGGUUUGGAAAAUUCUGUACAAAACAGACCUCUACGUAGAUUGCCUGCAACUUCUUUGGUAGAAGAAUCUGGUGUUUAUGGUAGGGACACUGAGAAAGAAGAUAUUAUCAGUUUGUUGAUAUCGGAUGAUGUUAAUAGUGACAAGGUAUCAGUGAUUCCGAUCGCGGGUAUGGGCGGGAUUGGAAAGACCACUCUUGCUCAAGUUGCUUAUAAUGAUGAUAGAGUGACAGAACAUUUUGAUCUUAGAGUGUGGGUUUUUGUAUCUGCUGAAUUUGAUGUUUUUGCGAUAACGAAAACCAUCUUUGAGGCGGUCACCUGUCAAACAUGUGGUAUGCAAGACCUAAAUAAGCUUCAAGUUGAAUUGAAAAAGGCUUUGAAUGGGAAGAAGUUUCUUUUUGUUCAUGAUGAUGUGUGGAACACCAAUUACGAAUAUUGGAAUCUCUUAAAGCGUCCUUUUGAACUCGGAGCACGCGGAAGCAAAAUUAUUGUGACGACUCGCAAUGAAAGAGUUGCAUCAAUGAUGGGUACAGUUCCGACUUAUCGUCUACGAGCAAUAUCCGAUGAAGAUUGUUGGAGGGUAUUUGCAAAACAUGCUUUCAACAAUGCAGGCUUAGGCGCGCAUCUUGGUCUGGAAGAAAUUGGCAGAAAAAUCGUUAAAAAGUGCAGAGGCCUUCCUUUAGCAGCAAAGUCCCUUGGUGGUCUUUUGCGAUGUGAAUUGAGUUAUGAAAAAUGGGAAAGAAUACUAAAGAGCGAUGUAUGGGAGUUGUCUGAUGAAGAGAAUGCCAUUCUUCCAUCUCUGUGGUUAAGUUACUACGAUCUUCCAUCACAUCUGAAGCGAUGUUUUGCUUAUUGCUCAAUAUUUCCCAAGGAUUAUGAAUUUUCUAAAGCAGAAUUAGUUUCCUUGUGGAUGGCAGAAGAACUUUUGCUUCCUCAAAAAAAGAAAAGGAUUGAAGAAGUUGGGGAGGAGUAUUUCGAGGUUCUAAUAUCAAGGUCGCUCUUUCAAAAGUCAAGUUCUAGCCAAUUUCUUUUCACCAUGCAUGACCUAGUGAAUGAUUUGGCCACAUUUGUAUCGGGUAAAUUUAGCUUGAGAUUGGAUGACGAUGACUUGCCUAACCUUAUCAGUAAGGCUCGGCAUUUGUCAUAUUCGAACGGAACGACUUAUAACCUUCGGAGAUUCGAGGCUUUAUCUGAAGCUAAAUGCUUGCGCACAUUCCUACCAAUAGGAUGGGGAAAUGUGAAAGAACUCCCGUUUUUUAACCAACUUCUAUCUGCCGUACGAUUCUUAAGGGUGCUUUCAUUAUGUAUGUAUCCCAUCAUAGAGUUGCCCGAAUCAAUAGGCAAUUUGAAGCAUCUGAGGUAUUUGGACUUAUCCGAGACUCAAAUUAAAGAAAUACCAAAUCCAGUGUGCACCCUAUACAAUUUGCAGACGCUACUAUUGUCGUACUGCAGAAAUCUCACUCGGUUACCAACCAACAUGGGAAGCCUGAUUAACUUGCGCCAUCUAGACAUUGAAGGCACGCCUUUAGAAGAGAUGCCAUUGCAUAUGUGCCGCAUGAAAGAUUUGCAGGCACUAACUGAUUUUGUUUUGGGAAAAGACAGCGGGUCGCGAAUCAAAGAGUUGAGAGAACUUCAAUAUCUGCGCGAAGUCUUCGCGUUUCGGGUCUUCAAAACGUUGUCGAUGUUGAGGAUGUUUCAGAUGCCAAUUUGAAAGAGAAGAAGUACCUA